AUGGUUCACACUGGGAGGAAAUGGAAUGGAAUGGAAAGUGCCGCAGAGAGACAAGUGCGCACCUCCACUGCACUCCUUUGUGUCAAGUGGAACCGUUUGUCAGAAAAUCAGCCAGUUUUAGGGUUCACACGGCAACCCUUUACCCUUAAAAUAGUGUUAAAUGUUGUAUCUACACUCAGCGCGGAGAGGUCUGAUGCACGGUUGCUUUUGACACGAAAUGCAGUAUCUAGGGAGAGACAUUCAGAGGAAUAUUGUGCAAUGUAUGAUAUUUGUGGAGCACGGGAAGAUGGGAAAGUUUUGAACUGUCCUUUUGGUUCCCCAUCUGUGAAGCCAGAUGACUUGCUUUCACAAAAGAUCCAAAGCUUGUGCCCUACAAUUACUGGAAAUGUUUGUUGUUCAGAAGAUCAGUUUGACACGUUACGGUCACAAGUCCAGCAAGCAAUUCCAUUUCUGGUUGGCUGUCCAGCGUGUUUGAGAAACUUUUUGAAUCUGUUCUGUGAGCUUACCUGCUCUCCACAUCAGAGCACGUUUAUCAACGUGACUACUACGACUAAGGUUAAAGGCAAUUUGACAGUGAGUGCCAUUGAUUUUUAUGUAUCUGAUGCUUUUGGUGAAGGGUUAUAUGAAUCUUGCAAGGAUGUAAAGUUUGGGACCCUGAAUAGUCGAGCUCUAAAUGUUAUUGGUGCUGGUGCUCAAAAUUUUACAGCGGAUGCUUGGGCCGUGGAUGAUGAUGAUUUUGGGUUUGAAGACUUUGCUGGAAGUUGGUAUGCAUUUAUUGGUAGACGAGCACCCCUUGGUAUGCCAGGCUCGCCAUAUGCUAUGACAUUCAAUCCUACUGCUCCUGAGUCAUCUGGAAUGAAACCCAUGAAUGUUUCUACAUAUUCAUGUGGUGAUAUAUCGCUGGGUUGUUCUUGUGGUGAUUGCCCUCAAUCUCCCGUUUGUGCCAAUACUGCUCCUCCCCCCAUCACGAGGGGGUUCUUGUGCAGUGAGAAUUGGGUCUCUCAAGGUGAGGCCAAAUGCAUCGAUGUUGCUCUAACAAUCCUCUAUAUUAUAUUGGUUUCCAUGUUUUUGGGAUGGGGUUUGUUUCAUCGAAAAAGAGAAAGGAACCAGACUUCCAGAAUGAAACCAUUGUCGGAUAUCAAGGACAGUGGUGAAGUUAUCAGGAAGAAGGAUGAGAACCUUCCUGCACAGAUGGUUGAAGAUUCUCCUCAAACUGGAAGCAGGGUACAGCUUUCAAUCGUUCAAGGAUAUAUGUCAAAGUUCUACAGGAGAUAUGGAACAUGGGUUGCUAGAAAUCCGAUCCUUGUGUUGAGCUUGUCAUUGGCUGUAAUUCUUCUACUUUGUGUAGGCCUCAUCCGUUUCAAGGUGGAGACACGGCCUGAGAAGCUAAUUCUAGCGACUCUUCCAGAUGCUGGGGCACAGAAAUCGCCAAGCAUUGUGACAAAAGACAACAUCAAAUUACUUUUUGAAAUACAAAAAAAGGUAUUCAUUUUGUCUGGUGUCACUUCCUGGACUUCUGGGUAA